AAAAAAAAGUGUUAACAAACAUGAAUAAAAAUAAAGAAGAACCAUAAAAAAAAUAAAUCCAAAAUUCCAUUGAAGCUCAGGUGACAGCAUCUUCUUCACAUCGUCCUCUUCUUCUUCUUCUUCUUCAUCGAGUUCAUAGAAAACAGAUCCAAUCCUUUUCUCUCUGAACCUUGAAAAUCUCCAAAAAUGUCAUCAACCCAACAGCCAUCAUCAAAAAAGCAAACCCUUUUCUUAGCUUCACUCAUAAUCCUAUGGUACUCCUCAAACAUUGGAGUUCUUCUCUUAAACAAAUACUUGCUCUCAAACUAUGGUUUCAAAUUCCCAAUCUUUCUAACAAUGUGUCACAUGUCAGCUUGUGCUUUCUUCAGCUACAUCUCCAUUGUUUUCAUCAAGCUUGUCCCUCUCCAACCAAUCAAAUCCAGGCCUCAGUUCCUAAAGAUUGCUACUUUAAGUGUUGUCUUUUGUUGUUCAGUUGUUGGGGGUAAUAUCUCUUUGAGGUACCUCCCUGUUUCCUUUAACCAGGCUGUUGGUGCCACUACACCAUUUUUCACUGCCUUGUUUGCUUACUUGAUGACUUUCAAGAGAGAAGCUUGGGUUACUUAUGCUGCUUUAGUCCCUGUUGUUACUGGGGUUGUCAUUGCCAGUGGGGGCGAACCGGCUUUUCACUGGUUCGGAUUCAUUAUGUGCAUAAGUGCAACUGCUGCAAGGGCCUUCAAAUCUGUUCUUCAGGGCAUUCUGCUUUCUUCAGAAGGGGAAAUGUUGAACUCGAUGAAUUUGCUACUAUACAUGUCCCCAAUUGCAGUUCUAGUUUUAGUGCCUACUGCACUUAUAAUGGAGCCAAACGUGUUAGAAGUCAUCAUAUCACUUGGAAGACAACAUAGAUACAUGUGGCUGCUUCUUUUCAUUAACUCCACACUCGCAUAUUCAGCUAACUUAUCAAACUUCUUGGUGACUAAACAUACAAGUGCAUUGACACUCCAGGUAUUAGGCAAUGCAAAAGGUGCAGUGGCUGUUGUUAUCUCAAUACUUUUGUUUAGAAAUCCCGUCACAGCUGUUGGCAUUGGCGGAUAUACGAUGACAAUACUUGGCGUCGUGGCUUAUGGAGAAGCAAAGCGGAGGUUUAGAUAAAUGGUUGGAUGGUGUUUGGGUAAAGAAGAUAGUGAGGUUAAUAGGUAGAGUUUAGGUACAUUGGUGUAUUUGUAGAGAUAAGAAGAGUGUGAAAGGGAGAGGUUUUAAUUUAUACAAUUAAAUUGCCUACAUUACAUAGGCAAUAAAUCUUGCUUCUAUUUAUUUUUUAUUUUUCAGCAUUUGCUUCCCUUUUAAAGCAUUGGAUGAUGGAAGACUUGUCACACAUUUCCAUGAUAUUUGUUUCUUUUUGCACAAA